CGGACCAUCUCGCGCUUCCGCUAUGCAAAUCGGGCAGUCAAACUGCGUAGCAUGGACUUUAUUUACAAGUGACGGGUUCUUUAACCAAGCAUUUGGUUUCCAGUUGAAGUAGAUUUGUUCCUGCAGUGACAUUAUGGCGACAGCAUCAACAGUGUCAGAAGAUUUGCAACCUGUGAAGCGGAGCAGCAGCUAUGGACUACUGCCACCUGCCUUGUCAGAAGAUUUGCAACCUGUGAAGCGGAGCAGCAGCUAUGGACUACUGCCACCUGCCUUGUCAGAUGAUUUUCAACCUUUGAAGAGGAGAAACAGCUAUGGAUUACUGCCACCUUCCUUGUCUGAGGCCAAACCAGCUUUAAACCUGGUUCUGUGUGGGAGGAAAGGAGCAGGGAAGACUUCAGCAGCCGAGGCCAUUUUAGGUCAGAGAGAGCUUCCUUCAGUCUCCAACUCCUCAGAGUGUGUUAAACAUCAGGGAGAGGUGUGUGGACAGAGGGUUUCCCUGGUGGAGCUCCCUGCUUUGUGUGGAAAACGUCAGGAGGAAGUGAUGGAGGAAUCAUUCAGCUGUAUCUCCCUCUGUGAUCCUGAAGGCAUCCAUGCCUUCAUCCUGGUCCUACCUGUGGGUCCCCUCACUGAUGAAGACAAGGGAGAGAUAGAGGCCCUCCAGAACACAUUCAGCUCUCGAGUCAACGACUUCACCUUGAUUCUGUCCACUGUGGAGUCAGAUCCUACAGCUCCAGCUGUUGUUAACUUUCUAAAGGAGAACAAGGACCUCCAGGAGCUCCGUCAGAGAUGUGGAGGAAGACAUGUUGUUCUCAACAUCAAGAACCAGCAGCAGAUCCCAGAGCUGUUGGAUGCUGUGCAAGAGAUGAGAGGUAAAAGAUCUAGGAGCUUUACAAUGAAGAUGUUCACCAAGGCUCAGAUGGAGAAGGUUGUAGAGCUGGAUAACACUAACAGAAGACUUAAAGCUGAACAGCAAGACGUUACAAAGAAAACUCAGGAGGGAGAUGUUGAUGAAAGUCAGAACGGAGAGUGUCUCAGGAUGGUGCUGAUUGGGAAGACUGGCAGUGGGAAGAGUGCAACUGGAAACACCAUUUUGGGCAAAGAAUAUUUUAAAUCAACUGUCAGCUCAAAGUCAGUGACCAAGUUUUGCACGAAAGCAACAGGAGAGAUUGAUGGACGUCCUGUCGCUGUGGUGGACACCCCCGGUCUGUUUGACACAACACUGUCCAAUUAUGAUGUUCAAGAGGAGAUGGGGAAAUGCAUCAGCUUGUUGUCUCCUGGACCUCAUGUGUUCUUACUGGUGCUGCAGAUCGGCCGAUUUACCCAGGAGGAAAUAGACACCGUGAAACUGAUCAAAAAAUGUUUUGGCAAGAGAUCUGGAGAUUUCAUCAUCCCUAUAUUCACCAGAGGAGAUGAUCUGAAGGGUCGAACAAUAAAGAGUUACAUCCAAUCUGAUGACCUCUUGAAAAAACUGAUAAAUGACUGUGGAGGGAGAUACCAGGUCUUCAAUAACAAUCAGACCAACCACAGGCAAGUCAGAGAGCUGAUGGAGAAGACCAACAAAAUGCUGAAGGAAAAUGGCGGCGGCUGCUUCACCUCAGAGAUGUUUCAAGAGGCCGAGGCGGCCAUAAAGAAGGAAGUGGAGAAGAUCCUGAAGGAGAAGGAAGAAGAAAUGCAGAGAGAGAGGAAGGAGCUGCAACGAAAACACAAGGAGGAAAUGGAAGCAGUGAAGAGAAAAAUGAAACAAGAGAGAGACGAAAGUGAGCAGAGGAGAGCCAGACAGCUUCAAGAAAUGGAGGAAAAUAUCAACAAGGAACGAGAGGAGAGAAGGAGAGAUGAGGAGAAGAGAGUGGUUGAGGAGAAGGAGAAGAAAGGGCUGGAAGAAAUUCAACGAAUGGAAUGGGAGAAAAAACUUGCCGGAGAAAGAGAGCAGAACAAAAAAGAGAUAAGAAAUCAAAAAGAAGAAUGGGAGAAGGAGAGAGAAGCAGAGCAGAUCAGACAACAAGAAGAAAAUGAAAAGAGACGACUAGAGGAGCAAACAAGAAUUCAAAGGAUGCAAGAAGAGUACAAGCAGGAGAAAGAAAAACAUGAACAACUAAGAAAAGAAGAAGACAGAAAGAGAAGAGAACAGGAGGAGGAGGGGAGAAAACAAAUGGAGGAAAACUUUAAUAAAGAACUGGAAGAAAUGAAGUUAAAAUAUGAAGAGGAGGCCAGAAAACUAGCUGAAGAAAACCAUGAUAUAAGCAAGCGCUUGCAGGCGCUUGCAGGAAACAGAACACGUGAAGGAAAACCUUGAAGAAGAACUGAAAAACAAUGAGUGCACCAUCCUCUGAUCUUCAUACUGACUCAUGAUCAUCAUCACGUCAGCAGAUAGAACAUCAUGUCCUCUCCAUUGAACAGCAGAUUUCUGGAUGAUAAUUCUCAAACAGGCUCCAUCAGGCCACUCAUUGAGACAUUUCCACUUUGUGAGUAUUUUUUAUAACCCAUAGUUUUGUUUCUUUGCCAGAGGUCGCGUUAACCGAAUAUUUUUUAACAAUGACGGAAAUAUCUGAAAGCCGUCUGUCAUUUUGACAGAUUAGAACAAACUCAGGACAGCGCCAGUUUCCCCGCAGCGGGGCUCCGGUGUUAUGCCGUGUUAUAUAUGCCCGCCCAAAAGGAAAUUAUAUUGUUUCCAAACCUAACCUUGCAGAACAGAUCAUUGAAAUGUUUGUGAGUAUUUGCUUUACGCUGUGCUAGUAGAAUCUUUUGACUUUUGAAUAGUCAAUACUUUAACCAAACUUCAAGGUGCAGAUUAAACUUUGUCUGUUUUAUGGACUUAAGGUUCAAGUUAAAUAACUUCAGUAAUGUACAGAUUAGUUGGUGUAGGUGCGUCUUUAUAACAUGGUGUGUUUUUCAGUGAGUAAAUAAAUGUAUUAAAUCAAUCAUGCUAUGGAAAAUGUUCAAUCAAUCACAAAUGAUUUUUAUAUCACACAUUUUACAUGUGUUUAAUAGAGGGUUAAAUGCAAUAGAAAAGCUAUCUUUAUUGUCAACAUGAAUAUUGAAGUCACCCACGAUAAUGACUUCAUCUGUUUUAAGCACUAAACUUGCCUCUAAAUGUGUGUAAAUGUAUAUUUGUUUCUUGGGUGUAAAGGUGUGUAUGUACAGUAUGUAUAUAUUUCUUUGUAUAUAUUUGUAUUCUUUGGGAUGGUGAGAAACAGAAUUUCGACCCCCCUCUCUGUGUAACACAAAUAGAGGAGUUUACUUUGACUCAUUUAAGCUGACAUAUUGUUUGGGUUUCAGUGAGUGAUCAUAAAUACAUGUUAUCUUUGUUGCAGCCAUUUUAUCUGUAUGUUUUAUUUGUUAAUCUGUUGUAAUAUUCUCCUGAACACUGGGUGGUGUAGGGGAGCAGGGAAGCAUAAAGGGGAGCUCACCAGGACAGGGGGGGUGUAUGAACGUUUGAUUUGUUUAUAUAUUAUCAGAAUAUACAGUAUUGCCGUUUACUCAGUGGUUUUGAGUCGAACAUCAGAAUACCUUUAUUAGUCCCACAGAGGGUACAUUUACAUUGUUACAGCAGAAAAGAGCCAAAGACAGCUUAAUGUUACCAAAGAAAAGGUCAUCAGUCAGUGUGUUCAUGUUCAUGGACUUGUGUUAAUCAGUCAGUCACUGCCACAUUUGCCCAAUUUUUUUUUGUGUCAUCCUUUGAUUUAUUAACAUAUAUCUCUCAAUAUGUAGAGCAUGUGCUGCCACAAGAUGGCGCCCUGUCUGUGAGCAGCUUGUUCUUAAAGUGUUGGGGUUCCUGUUCAAUGACCUCAAGGUUCAAGGCUUUUAUUGGUCAUACGAACAUAGCUACAGUGUAGUUAUGACGAUGAAAACCUUAGGUCACAGGCUGCUGUUUGUGCAGUGUGAAUCCACUUUGAUUCCCAUUUCUGUAAUAAUCAUUCAUUUGUUUUAGUAUCAUGUGAAGUCAAUGUUUGGUUCAAUAAAUACAUCAUUUUAAUUUCA